ACAAAUUACCAAUUCUCACUCUUUUGGAAGAGAUUGUUCUUGGUGCUCGUUUUUUUUUUCAUAGUCGCUAAUUACUACUACCACAAAUUCAUACUCCCUCACCACCGUCGACCUUCAUUGACUAGCAGACUCACAUACCGAUUGAGGGAUAGAGUGCCCCUUCAAGUGAGUCAUAUGCAAAGGCUAGUCGAUGUCAGCGACACCACUUGCCUUGAGAACCUCCGUAUGGACAGAAAUUGUUUUGGUCGGCUGUGUUUCCUCCUUGAAAAUUUAGGGGGUCUUGUUCAAUCUAGAAACGUUGCACCGAGUGAACAAGUUGCUAUGUUUCUUUCAAUCCUUGCACAUCACAAGAAAAAUGUCACCUUGAAGUUUGAUUUUACAAGAUCAGGUAGAACUGUAAACAAGUAUUUUAACCGCGUACUUGAUGCGGUAAUCCGCCUUCACACCGUCCUAGUCGCCACACCUAAGCCAGUUGAGGAUGAUUGUUCAGAUGCACGGUGGAAAUGGUUCAAGGGGUGUCUAGGAGCACUAGAUGGUACAUACAUUAACGUCCGAGUCCCAUCAAAAGAUAGGGGAAGAUAUAGAAAUCGAAAGGGUCAAGUAUCAGUUAAUGUACUUGGGGUGUGCGAUAGAAAUAUGAACUUCGUCUACAUGCUUUGUGGCUGGGAGGGGUCUACUGCUGAUAAUCGGGUACUGAGAGAUGCAAUCACUAGGGCAAAUUCUCUCCGAGUCCCAAAUGGACACUAUUAUUUGGUGGAUGGUGGUUACACAAAUGGUGCUGGCUUUCUAUCGCCAUAUAAGGGUGUUAGAUAUCACUUAGAUGAAUGGAGUACAGGGUCCCGUACUCCACAAAAUUGUAGAGAACUCUACAACCUUCGGCAUGCCAAAGCUAGGAACGCGAUUGAUCGUGCUUUUGGCAUUCUAAAAAUGCAUUGGGAAAUUUUCAGAAGUAACUCUUUCUACCCCAUUAGGACCCAAAAUCGCAUUAUCAUGGCGUACGCGCUUAUUCAUAAUUUUAUACGUACAACAAUGCCCGAAGACCCCAUUGAGAAUGAGAUUCCAGAAUUCCCGACACCUUCGAACCCACCGUCUGACGAUGUCUACAUAGAUCAAGUUGAAUGUAGUCCCAAAUGGACCCAGAAGCGCGAUCUAUUAGCCCAAAAAAAUGUUCACAUAAUGGCAGGGCGCAAAAUUGUCAUGGAACCAUCAAUCACAUCGGGUACCGGAAAAGAGGGCGGCGCCACUUCUAAACGCCGUGUGUGGACAUCGGCUGAAGAGAACGCCCUAAUUAAUGCUCUAAAGGAUAUUGUAACUGAGGGUUGGAAAACGGAAAACGGCUUCAGAACGGGCUAUGCAUUUCAGUUGGAGAAAAAGAUGAAGACAUUUCUUCCCGGAUGUGAAAUUCGUGCUGACCCGCACAUAACUUCCAAAAUGCAUGUCUGGAAGAAAACUUAUGCGAGUUUGGCCAAUAUAAAAUCAAAUAAAUCGGGUUUGGGUUGGAAUGAUGUCUCAAAAAGCUUCUCCUGUGACGAUGAGAAGUACCAAUCGUUGAUGAAG